UGGAGUGCGGAUACUCCUCAUUCCCGUGUUAUGGAGCGAUUGACUCAUUUCGAUGACUUGUUGAAUUACUGUCUCGACAAUAAAGACACGCUUGGUAAGCGUGACAUAAUCGCAUCUCUGUCAUACAUGAGAUCAUUAAGGCAAUUUAGUCUAUCUAGCCCACUGCUUCGGGAGUACAGUGACUUCAUUUGUUCUAAACUUUCUUUAUUCGGUGGCAGUUUGCACUUGAUAAUACAUAGAUUCGCCAUUGUGGGUUACAAUGCUGCAUUGUUACGUAUAUACGAUGAGCGUUUGCGUCAUCACCUGGAGGACAUGUCUGUGAAACAAUUGUGUCUUAUCGCGUGGAGUUAUGCCAAGAGCAACAUAUACAUUCAGGAUCUAUUUGAUCGCAUAGCUGGUACAUACUUCCAUCGGAGUGAACGUGGUAACCUUACAGACGCUUCAUUGCUUCUUUGGAGUUUCGCUAAAAUCGAGCGCCGUGUACCUCAGGAAAUUACCAGUUUGAGAUCAUAUUUACUGAGUACUUUGGAAUCUCUUGCUACGGCAUUGCGUGAUAGCGAUUCCCCUUUAGAUGGCGAAGCAAAGCUCUACUUAGAUCCGGAUCGUACAUUUUAUGUCAACGUUACUCACGAUCUGUGUAUGGCAGCUAAAGCCUUGGCAGUAUUGGUUCCUCGUGACGUAUCUUCUGUACAGCGCCACGUAGAGUUGCUUUUGGAAGUGUCCAAUUUGGGGAAAUUAGUUAUUACCGCGCAGGGCAUAACUAGUUUAUGGGAAUGUAUAUCACUUUGUGGUAUUAGUGACCCUGUUUUGGUUGACCAUUUAUGUGAAUGUUCUCGCUAUUUACGUCUUGAUCAUUCCUUCAACUCAAACAUGUUGAGUGCCAUUUUGUCAAGUAUACGCAAGUUAUAUGUGCGUGACCCUCGCAUAAUAUAUCAAAUUGUCCAUUGGUUGGAGAACCGUGCUGUACAGAUGCACGCUCCUCAGAUGCUUUCAGUGAUUUGUGAUCUGGAUUCCAUGGGCAUAUAUCAUGAGAAGGCGUGGAAACAGUUAGGUGUUGUGGUCCAGAAGAAAGGCAUAGAUUUGGACCUACGUGACAUUCGUCACAUAUACAACAUCUUCAAGAGUAAUGGCAAGGGCAACGAUCGCAUUUUCGGUAUUCUCGAGCAUUUCAUGAGUUGUAAGGAAGAUCAGGAACGAUAUGGUCCAUGUUGAUAU